UUAUCAACAGUCGCGGGGAGCUCCGUAAAGCAAACUGCUAAACUGUGCACUAUUUAAUUAUAUUGCAAACAACGAAAGCGACAUUCAUAGAGUAGGUUACUAUUAGAAUGUAUUCGGUCGGUGAUACAAUACAUUUUGCACUCUAGUGAUGGACCAAUAUUAAUUGUGCAUAGCCGCCCAACUCACUCACCAACAGCAUUGCCACGAUUCAACACAGUGAUGUCUGUGUACAGAAUUUUGUUAGGAGUAUCACAACACGGAUUAUUUCAAUGAAAUACUAAUUGCAAGGAUAAUUACACAUACGAGUGAAGACCCAGAAAGGUACCAAAAGGAUUCCAUACAUUUGUGAUUGGAUGUGAGUCUACUUUGACCCCAGAAAUCUGACGAUGAUGUUGCUAUGGAAACUGCUGGUGCUGAAGUCACUUAUGGGGUGCCUGGCAGAGAGCAGUGUCCUGCAGAGACCAGUGUUCACCAAGCAGCCUGGCAGCAUUGUGUUUCCUGUUGACUCCCAGGAAAACAACAGAGACGUGGUGUUCAGCUGUGAGGCCCAGGGAAGCCCAUCUCCCCUUUAUCGGUGGAAACUGAAUGGCACCGCGAUCACUCCCAAAUCAGGCUCACACUAUAGCCUGUCUGGAGGCAACCUCCGAAUCAGCCAUUUAAACAAAGACCAAGAUGCUGGAACAUAUCAGUGCCUCGCCUCCAACUCUUUUGGGACCAUCGUGAGCCGAGAGGCCAGUCUAACCUUUGCAUACUUGGGGAACUUCAAGACCCACCGAAGAAACUCAGUGUCAGUUCGCGAGGGACAGGGGGUGGUGCUGUUGUGUGGUCCCCCAUCUCACUCUGGAGAUCUGACAUUCUCCUGGAUUUUUAAUGAGUAUCCCUCGUUUGUGAAGCAGGACACACGACGCUUUAUCUCCCAGGAGACGGGCAAUCUAUACAUCGCUAAAGUGGAGCCUUCUGAUGUGGGCAACUACACCUGUGUGGUGACCAAUACUGUCACCAAAACCAGAGUCCAGGGCCCGCCCACGCCUUUGGUGCUCCGCAGUGAUGGUAUAAUGGGUGAAUACGAGCCGAAGAUCGAAGUUCAGUUUCCAGAGAUUGUCCAUGUAGCCAAAGGAUUGACAGUGAAACUGGAAUGUUUUGCAUUAGGAAACCCUGUCCCCUCUGUAAACUGGAGUAGAGUGGACGGAAUCCCCUUUUCUAGGAAAGUGGACGUGAGGAAAGCCAGCGGCGUCCUGGAAAUCCCUUAUUUCCAGCAGGAAGACGCUGGCACAUAUGAGUGUGUGGCAGAGAACUCCAGGGGGAAGAACACUGUAAAAGGAAAGCUCUCAUUCUACGCCCCUCCACAUCUGAUAGAGAAACCUGAGGAUGUGCAGAAGCCCAUUGACGACUCUCUGGUGUGGGAAUGCAAGGCCACUGGGAAGCCCAAGCCCUCCUAUAGGUGGAUGAAGAACGGAGAGAACCUGGAGUCACUGGAGGAGCGCAUACAAGUUGCCAAUGGAGCGUUGUCAAUCAGCCGGCUGACACUGUCCGACAUUGGAAUGUAUCAAUGUGUGGCUGGAAACAAACAUGGGGAGGUAUACUCCAAUGCAGAGCUCAGAGUCAUUGCUGUUGCCCCAGAUUUCUCCCAGAACCAGCUGAGGAGCCCCACCAUGGUGAAGGAGGGAGGAGACGUGCUGAUCGAGUGCCGGCCCAAGAUGUCCCCCUGGGGCGUGAUCUCCUGGAGGAAGGGCAGCGAGGCUCUUCGAGAGAGCCACAGAGUUUCCAUUCUGGAUAACGGAAACCUCCGGAUACAGAAUUCAACCAGACCAGAUGCAGGCCUUUACACGUGUGUGGCAAGAAACCAGUUUGGAGUGGCAAGCAGCUCCGGGACUCUCAUGGUCAAAGAGCCGACCAUUAUCACAACGGCACCGUCCACACUGGACGUGACUGUAGGAGAGAGCAUCGUGCUGCCGUGUCAGGUGACUCAUGACCCGUCUCUGAAGCUCAUGUUCACCUGGUUCUUCAACGAGCAGCUGAUCCACUUUGGCAACCACGGCGGAUACUUUGAAAAAGUGGGCGGUCAGCAUUCCGCUGGGGACAUCAUGAUUCGGAACAUCCAGCUGAGACACGCAGGGAAGUACACCUGUGCAGUGCAGACCAAGGUGGACAGUAUCUCCAUCGCAGCAGACCUGGUGGUCCGAGGUCCCCCAGGCCCACCUACCAGCAUCCAUGUAGAAGAAAUCAGUGACACCACAGCCUCUCUCUCCUGGAGACCGGGGCCUGAUAAUCACAGUCCAAUUACCACAUACACUAUCCAGGCCAGGACACCCUUCUCCCUGGGCUGGCAGGCUGUCACCACAGUUCCUGAGGUGGUGGGGGGCCGCAGUCUGACAGCUACAGUAAUAGACCUGAGCCCCUGGGUGGAAUAUGAGUUCAGAGUCCUGGCAAGCAACGCCAUUGGGACCGGGGAGCCCAGCAAACCAUCCAAACAAGCAAGGACAAAGGAGACAUCUCCGAAGGUCCCACCAGCUAAUGUGAGUGGAGGUGGAGGCAGUCGCUCAGAAUUAGUCAUCACUUGGGAGCCUGUUCCUGAGGAGCUGCAGAACGGAGGAGGGUUUGGCUAUGUGGUGGCCUUCAGACCGUCCGGAGCCACAGGCUGGAUGCAGGCUGCCGUGCCCUCAUCAGAAGCCUCCAAAUAUGUCUUUAAGAACGAGAGCAUCCAGCCCUUCUCCCCCUUCCAAGUGAAGGUUGGAGUGUACAACAACGAGGGGGAAGGCCCUUUCGGACCUGUCAUCACCAUCUACUCUGCAGAGGAAGAGCCUGGCAGAGCGCCCACCAGGAUCCGUGCCAAGAGUCUGUCUGCGUCUGAGAUUGAGGUUUCAUGGAAAGCCCUGCCUUGGAACACCAGUAAGAGAAGAGUUCUAGGCUAUGAGUUGAGGUACUGGGAGAAGAGAGAGAAGGAGGAGGCAGCCAGUGUCCAGAGGACGGUAGGGAACCAGACGUCAGCCAUUAUCCGAGGGGUGAGAGGAAGUAACACUUACUACGUCACAGUGAGAGCAUACAACACGGCCGGGGCUGGGCCUCCUAGUGUCACUGUCAAUGUCACCACCAAGAAACCACCGCCCAGCCAGCCCCCGGUGAAAGUGAUGUGGAACACAUUGAAUUCCAAGAUAAUCCUGAACUGGGAGCAAGUCAAGGCCCUGGAAAAUGAGUCAGAGGUCACUGGCUACAAAGUGCUCUACAAGCGUAACCGACACAGCCGCCCUAGUGUCAUGGAAACCAACACAACAACGGUGGAGCUCUCCCUGCCUAUGAAUGAGGAGUACUUCAUCCAGAUCAAACCAUUUGGGGAAGGAGGAGAGGGUAGCAGUAGCAGACAGAUCACCAUCCCCAGAAUACCAGGUCCCAAUGCAAUUGGCUCGGCGACCAAGGUCUCUACUUUAUCAGCCCUCAGUACAAUAGCAUUGUCUUUCACAGCGCGAACAUCGUUAUGACAAAGCGCUCCCAGUGAACAUUGCAUCUGAUGUGGAGGCAACUCAACAAUGGAACGGAACACAAACACCCUCCGUCUGGUGUAACUAGAUCCAUUCAUUUAGGUUUUAGAGGCAGGAGGACGAGCAGCGUUGGAAAGCAAAGUCAUUGAGAUGAGAAGGAGAGAAAGGGCCCCGCUUUCAACACCCUGCCGGCCGGCGAGAACAGGAAAUCCACCGAUGUCUUGACUCUGUUGUUACCAAAGCAGCUUUCAUUAAAAUGUCUUAUAUGCAUCUUUUGUAUGAUAUGUCUAGCUUUUAUAGAUUUAUUUUGAAACCAAUUCAUAAUUAGUCUGGGCUUUUUAGAAAAGGCAAGGUUGAGUGGAGUUCAGUGUAUGCCCAUACUUACUUACAGAUACAUUUUUAAAGUUUUCAGUUUGUUGGAAAGAGCACUUUUGUUGUCUAAAGUGAAGAGCAUUUUCUGGUCAAAAAAACAGUGGUUUCAUGUCAAGCAAAGACACUUAACACUGAAAUGAUGUGUGUAUUGCUAACAAUUUUUUUAUUACUCCAUAAAACAUUGCACUGAUGCCUGAAGGAAAAAUGUGACAUUAUGUUAAAGGAUGAGAGUGACUUUAUUCACUCUCACUGCUUUGAAGUCCCAUCUUCCACAGGUUCCUCAACCUUGGCCAUUUAAUUGCACUGGUGACUGGACCCUCAUAUGGCUGUCUAUCUCAUCUGCUCAGUUAGCCGUGUGUCUACUCUGUAGCUAUUCUAUUCAUCCUCUCAGUUAGCCGUGUGUCUACUCUGUAGCUAUUCUAUUCAUCCUCUCAGUUAGCCGUGUGUCUACUCUGUAGCUAUUCUAUUCAUCCUCCCAGUUAGCCGUGUGUCUACUCUGUAGCUAUUCUAUUCAUCCUCUCAGUUAGCUGUGUGUCUACUCUGUAGCUAUUCUAUUCAUCCUCUCAGUUAGCCGUGUGUCUACUCUGUAGCUAUUCUAUUCAUCCUCUCAGUUAGCCGUGUGUCUACUCUGUAGCUAUUCUAUCUCAUCCUCUCAGUUAGCCGUGUGUCUACUCUGUAGCUAUUCUAUUCAUCCUCUCAGUUGGCCGUGUGUCUACUCUGUAGCAAUUCUAUUCAUCCUCUCAGUUGGCCGUGUGUCUACUCUGUAGCUAUUCUAUUCAUCCUCUAAGUUAGCCGUGUGUCUACUCUGUAGAUAUUCUAUUCAUCCUCCCAGUUAGCCGUGUGUCUACUCUGUAGCUAUUCUAUUCAUCCUCUCAGUUAGCCGUGUGUCUACUCUGUAGCUAUUCUAUUCAUCCUCUCAGUUAGCUGUGUGUCUACUCUGUAGCUAUUCUAUUCAUCCUCUCAGUUAGCCGUGUGUCUACUCUGUAGCUAUUCUAUUCAUCCUCUCAGUUAGCCGUGUGUCUACUCUGUAGCUAUUCUAUUCAUCCUCUCAGUUAGCCGUGUGUCUACUCUGUAGCUAUUCUAUCUCAUCCUCUCAGUUAGCCGUGUGUCUACUCUGUAGCUAUUCUAUUCAUCCUCUCAGUUGGCCGUGUGUCUACUCUGUAGAUAUUCUAUUCAUCCUCUCAGUUAGCCGUGUGUCUACUCUGUAGCUAUUCUAUUCAUCCUCUGAUAAGCCGUAUGUCUACUCUGUAGCUAUUCUAUUCAUCCUCUCAUUUAACCGUGUGUCUACUCUGUAGCUAUUCUAUUCAUCCUCUGAUAAGCCGUAUGUCUACUCUGUAGCUAUUCUAUUCAUCCUCUCAUUUAACCGUGUGUCUACUCUGUAGCUAUUCUAUUCUUUGCCUUGUGUGUGCCUCAUCAUAUGUUCAAAACCCUCAGGUCCUUAAAGAGCCUUAAACUUAUAUAUAUAUAUAUAUCAAUAACUAUUAGAAACCUAGAAGUCUGUUAUACAGGUGCUGUGUGAUGUGUAGCUUCACACUGCAUCAAUAGACAGGUUGUAGGGGUUUGAGUUAUUACCAUCCAAUGUAUAUUCCUAUGGUCAUUCUUAGGGCCAAGUUAUGUAGUCAAGAAAAUCUCCUUGUCCUAGUUAUAUAUUAUAGUUAGGGCCAGGGUUUUUUCCUGACCCUGUGGCCUCGCCAGGAAAACCUCCUGGCUCUUGUCAUUCUAUAUGAAGGAGUGGUGUGUUUCAACAGCAUGGUGCUGUUCAGUAUGGUUUAAGGGCAACGUGGGAAGCUUGGGACAUUUUAGUGGGUUCACUGACUGCAUCCUUACAAAAAGACAAAUGCUGCUGAUGAUCCUUUCCUUUCCCAUAGUCUUCUGAUGCUGUUUGAAACUGGUACAGUACAUUGCGUAUGUAGCUUGUAGUCCAGUGAAGAAGUCAAAAGUGCAGGUAGUUUGUAGUACGUUCAAAGGGAAGUUUAGGCAGGAAUCAUGCAUCGAGAAAUGUGUAAUAUACUUUUUUGUACACUUCAGAUCAUUUGUAUACAAUGAAAACCUUUCUAAAGAGCUGAUUAACUUGGUUUUUAUGUAAUAGCACAAAUGUUUCAUACAGUAGCUAAAUGUCGCUUAGCAUGAAUGUGUUUGCCCUUUUCUGUACAUCUGCUAACUGACUGAAUGGCUUGAGACCACGCAAAGAGAGCAGGUUUGUGCAUCUCUACCCGUUAACCCACUAUGUCUGGGCUUCUGUCUCAGACAGGUAUGUCCUCCUGUAGGCCUACACCCUUUGGGAUUUACCAGUACAACUAUCCAUUUACUCCAUGUCAAGUUCUGUUUUUUUUGCUGUUGUUUGUUUAUACUGUGUUAUUGAAUAAAGUUUAUUGAUUUAUAGAA